GCUAUAAUCUCCAUCCUAACUUGUUACGAUCGAAUUGAAACCUUAGCCUGAGUUGUUUAUUUCAAUCAUUUAUGUUUGGUCGUCCAUGUGAAGCCUGUUCUUUUUUUCUUUUAAUAAUUCUAUUAGACUUCACUUCCAUUAUAUUAAUUACCCCAAAAAAAAUAAAAAAAUAAAAAUAGAAUGACUUUUCCUAAGACUCAAGAUUUAUUAAUGAGGUCCAAAUAUUAUAUUGCCUGCCCCCUCAGAUCAGCCAUUUAAACCAGCGUGCUUGGGUUGAUCAUAUUGUAAGAGAAAACCCAUUCUUAGUAACACCAAAAAGUCACUCUCUUGCUCUUUGUUUCUCAAUACUGUUAAGAGUUUGAUUAUGGAUAGAGAGUUGGCUCAGUUCCAGAUGGAGGCGAUUCUAGGACCUGAGUUAGAGCCAUUUGAAACCUUUAUUUUGGAUCAUAUGUCGAGGGCCAAAAAAAAAUAUUCAAAGGCUAAGUCAAUGUUCAGUUUGUUAAAGCAAAAGGAUCCAAACUCCCUUGCUCUUAAGCUAACUGACUCUCUUGGCUCUUCUCAUGAAGUUGAUUUUCGUGAAGUUUGUGCUGAACUCCUUCACAAGUUGCUUGAUGACGACGACUUGUGCACGUGGCACAAUCUAAGUGUCUCCACUCAGUCCGCCAUAAAGCGUUUUCUCAUUGAUCAUAUUGAGCAAGAAGAAUCAGAAUCAGAAUUUAUCAUCCAAGAGCUCCGUCACACCAUUUUGUAUCUAGCUGUUUCACUUGUUCCAGAUAACAACUGGUCUGAGUUAAUGCCAUUCCUUAUGUGCUGCAUCACUUCCGGUUCAAACAAGUUAAAAGUCUCAGCUUUCUUGAUUUAUGGGCUAAUAGCUGACAGAAUAACGGUCGUUUGCUCAAAAAAUAUGCAAUCGCAACUUCUUAAUGCACUGAACUAUAAUACCAGCCUCGAUUUAGAUGUGAGGAUAGCGGCUAUGACAACUGUGAUCUGCUUCAUUCAAAGCGUAUCUAGUUCAAAUGAAAAGGAACGGUUUCAAGAUCUUUUGCCAGGUAUGAUGAAGACAAUGACAGACGCAUUGACCCACGGUAAGGAGAAGGUCGCUGCAGCGCGAGACGUGUUGAAUCUUUUCAUAGAGCUGGCGCAGAAUGAGCCUAACUUCUUUAGGACGCAACUAACUGUUGUUGUGGGUUCAAUAUUGGAGAUAGCAGAGGAUGAGAAAUUGGAAGAGGUGACGAGGCACUUGGCAGUUGAAUUUUUGAUAACUUUGGUUGAGGCAAGAGAGAGGGCCCCCGGUAUGAUGAGGAAGUUGCCCUCCUUUAGUAGAAAAUGCUUUGCAAUAUUAUUGAAGUUAUUACUAGAUAUUAAGGAUGAUCCUGCUUGGCAUAGUGCGGAGACCGAGCAUGAGCAUACAGGGGAAACAAACAACUACACGUUUGGUAUGACAUGUUUAAACCGGUUUUCUGUUGCAUUAGGUGGCAAGACUGUUGUUCCUAUUGCCAUAGAGCAGCUGUCUGCUUACGUGGUUUCCCCCGAGUGGGAGAAACGCCACGCAGCUCUCGUUGCACUUGCUCAGAUAGCUGAAGGUAGCUCAAAGGUUAUGAUCAAGUAUUUGGAGCAAGUAGUGAAUAUGAUUAUGCGUUCUUUCCAAGAUCCUAUUCCUCGAGUCAGAUGGGCUGCUAUUUAUUCAAUUUCCAAAUUGUCAACUGUCUUCUGUACAGAUUUGCAAGUACAACAUCAUGACCAAGUAUUGCCUGCAUUAGCUACAACUAUGGAUGAUUUUGGAAAUCCACGAGUGCAGGCAAAUGCAGCUAGAGCUGUCGCAGCUUUCAGCGGAUCUUUAAAGCAAGAAACAUUGGUACCUCCAGAAACUUUGGUACCACACUUAGAUGGAUUACUUAGCAAACUUGUUGUACUUAUACAGAAUGACAAAGUCCAAAUGGUUCAAGAAGCAGCAUUAAAGGCGUUGUCUGGUAUAGCUAAUUUGUCUAAGGUGCACUUCCAAAAGUACUAUGAUUUUGUAAAGCCAUAUUUGAAAAUUAUCCUGGUAAAUGAAAAUGGUGAAUCUUAUCGCUACCUUCGAAGCAUAGCGUUGGAGUGCAUAAGCUUUAUUGGGACAUCUGUAGGCAAAGAGAAAUUCAAAGAUGACUUAAAGCAGGUUAUGGAAGUGCUUAAUUACUCAUUACAAGAACCACAAGUGAAAGAGUUUGAUAUUGCUUGCAAUCUACAGUCAUGCUUCAGGAUUUGCUACUGCAUGGGGAAGGAUUUUCUUCCUUACAUGAGUACAUUAAUGCCCCCUUUGGUUGAAUGUGCUCAACUUGAGCCCGAUAAGACCGUGUCCUCUGAUAACUUAUAUGAUAGUGUACAUAAAGUCAAGUUUCGGAAUGAAAUAAUACGCCUUGGAGGAAAUGACCUCCUAUAUCAGAAAUCUUUAGCCUGUGAUAUCCUUGGUUUAUUUGCCCGGAAAUUGGAAGAAGACUUCUACCCGUGGAUUCCCCAGGUUGCUUCAGUCUUGGUUCCGCUUCUGAAAUUCUAUACCCAUGACGAAGCCAGGAAAUGCUCUGUUAAAUCCAUGUAUAACCUCUUGCGUUCUGCCAAACUGGCUGUUGAGAAAGAGAUUGCGCAAGGUGGAACCGAGUCAUAUUUCAAGGAGUUGGCAGACUAUAUAAUACUGUCUCUGUUAGAAGCUUUGCAUGAGGAGUCUAUGGCAGAAAUAUGUGCAUUCAUGUUGGAUGAAUUGAAUCAUUGCCUGCAGAUCAGUCCACCACUUCUCAUUGAAGAUCAGCUCAGUCGAAUAGUGAAUGAGGUAAAGCAUGUCAUUACGGAAAGUUCAAAUAGAAAACAAAAACUCAAAGAGAGAGCAAAAUCAAAAGACUUUGAUGCUGAGGAAGAUGAAUUGCUAAGGGGGGAAAAAGAGCAAGAAGAUAAUAGUUUGUUCCAUGUUGGUCUAGUAUUAAAUACGUUGAUCGAAACAUUCAAGUCUGGUUUCUUGCCUUUCUUUGACGAGCUCAUGUCAUCAUAUCUAAUUCCUAUGUGGCGCAAAGAUAUGACAGCUCAAGAAAGAUGCACACCAUUUCUUAUCUUUGAUCAUCUUCUGGAGGAGUGCCCUGAAGCGGCUCUAAAGUACUCUGAUGAAUUUCUUCCUUUGCUUUUGGAUGCAAGCAAUGACGAAAGUCCAGCAGUUAGACAGUGUGCUUUUUAUGGACUUGUGCUUUAUGCCGAAUAUGGUGGUUCUGAUUUCAAACCUGUUGUUAAAGAGGCUAUUUCAAGGAUCAAUGUAGUGAUAAUGCAUUUUUGGGCUCGUGAAUCUGAGAAUGAAAGUGCAUUUGAUAAUGCUGUUUAUGCACUUGGUAAGAUUUUUCAGUUUCAUUGGGAAAAUAUUGACUCAUCAACCCAGAUUAUUCCGGUUUGGUUAAACUGCCUUCCUAUAAAGUGUGACAUGGCUGCAGCCAAAUAUGUUCAUGAUCUACUAUGUUCAAUGGUUGAAAGGUUAGACGAAGAACUUAUUGGUCCCAACUAUCAGUACAUUCCAAAAAUUAUUUCAAUUUUUGCAGAGGUUCUAUGUUCUGAAAUUGAUUUUGCUACACAAGAAACUACAAAUCGCAUGAUUAAUGCAUUGAGGCAUAUUCAACAGACACUAUCACCAGCCGCCAUGGAAUCAGCAUUUUCAUAUCUUUUGCCUCGGCAAGAGAUGGAAUUGAAAUCCAUUCUAUCACUUGAAGAAGAUGUUUAACUUUUAACCAAUCCAAUGAAACCACUACUAUUGUAAACAUUUUGAUGUUCAAUAUUCCUCUAAUGUAAUUUCCCUUAUUCCGAGUC